UACCCUGGUCCUUCUACCUUAAAAACGUUAGUAAUAACAACGCGAGGCAAAAAAGGGAAAGGGCGUGCACAGACCACAUCCCUGCAUAGUUAGGCCUAGACUGUUGCUUCCCUCGAGACUAAGAAAAAAAAAAUUAAUUCAACUACUACUUGACUCAAGGUUCUUCUUGACUUCAAAAACUCAUCACCACACACCUUUCCUUCUAUCACUCCGAGUUUAUAACUCUUCAUCCCAUAAUUUCCCAUUUUCCGCUCCUUUUCUUGCAGAUUGCACGCUGCACUUUAGAUCGCGUUUGUUACAAUCAAUCAGCUCAGUCAGAUCAGACGCGACAUCGUUCUCCUCGUUUGCGCUGAACAUUCUCACUUCGCGUACUUCUAACUUGACCAUCACAGACGCAAAAAUACAUCAUGUCUUACGGCGGCGGCUACAACUCCCGUAACGGAGGAGGAGGAGGCGGCGGCUACUCUAAUGGCCACGAAAAGUACGGAGGCGGCCACGGAGGUGGUCGUCAAGAACACGGUCACGGCAAUGGUUAUGGCGGUAACAGCGGUGGUUACGGAGGAGGUGGCGGCGGCUAUGGUGGAAGCGGAGGCGGAGGCGGUGACAGAAUGUCUAACCUCGGAGCUGGUCUACACAAGCAAACCUGGGAUCUCAACUCUCUUCCCAAAUUCGAGAAGUCCUUCUACAAGGAGGACGAAGCUGUCGCACGACGACCGGCCAGUGAAGUUGAGCGAUUCCGAAAAGAUCAUCAAAUAGCUAUCUCUGGCCACGAUGUUCCCAAACCUGUCGAGACAUUCGAUGAGGCUGGAUUCCCUCGAUAUGUGAUGGACGAAGUCAAGGCACAAGGCUUCCCCGCUCCUACUGCCAUCCAAUCUCAAGGAUGGCCCAUGGCUCUCUCUGGUCGCGACGUCGUCGGUAUUGCCGAGACAGGUUCCGGUAAGACGCUGACUUACUGCCUUCCGGCAAUUGUCCACAUCAACGCCCAGCCUCUCUUGGCUCCCGGCGACGGCCCCAUCGUGCUUGUUCUUGCACCUACUCGAGAACUAGCUGUGCAGAUCCAGCAGGAGAUUACUAAAUUCGGCAAGUCUUCGCGCAUUCGCAACACCUGUGUCUAUGGAGGUGUUCCUCGUGGUCCUCAGAUCCGCGACCUUACUAAGGGUGUCGAGGUCUGCAUUGCUACUCCCGGUCGUCUGAUCGAUAUGCUCGAGGGUGGUAAGACUAACUUACGCCGAGUGACUUACUUAGUCCUCGACGAGGCUGAUCGUAUGCUGGACAUGGGUUUCGAGCCCCAGAUUCGCAAGAUUAUUAGUCAGAUUCGACCUGACCGUCAAACUCUCAUGUGGUCUGCUACUUGGCCCAAGGAAGUUCGUGCUUUAGCUGCCGAAUUCCAAACCGACUUCAUUCAGGUCAACAUUGGUUCUCUAGACUUGUCUGCUAACCAUCGUAUUACGCAAGUCGUCGAGGUUGUAUCCGAGGGUGAGAAGCGUGAUCGUAUGAUCAAGCAUCUUGAGAAGAUCAUGGACAACAAAGAGAACAAAUGUCUUCUAUUCGUAGGUACGAAGCGAGUCGCUGACGAGAUUACGCGAUUCCUCCGCCAAGACGGCUGGCCGGCCCUUUCUAUUCACGGCGACAAACAGCAGAACGAACGUGACUGGGUCCUUGACCAGUUCAAGACCGGAAAGAGUCCCAUUAUGGUAGCCACCGACGUUGCUUCUCGUGGUAUUGAUGUGCGCAACAUCACUCAUGUGAUAAACUAUGACUACCCGAACAACUCGGAGGAUUACAUCCACCGUAUUGGCCGAACUGGCCGUGCUGGCGCCAAUGGCACUGCCAUUACUCUCUUUACUGCUGACAAUUCUAAGCAGGCUCGUGAUCUAGUCGCGGUUCUUCAAGAAGCUAAGCAGCAAAUUGAUCCUAGACUUCAUGAGAUGGCCCGCUAUAGCGGCGGCGGUGGCGGAGGCCGCUACGGCGGACGAGGCUACGGUCGUGGUGGUCAUGGUGGUCACCGAGGCGGCGGUGGUGCUGGCGGUGCUAACUCUUUGCCCAUCAACAACCGACGAUGGUGAUAACCUCCAUCAGGGAUCUUUAGAACGUCGUAAGGUAUCUGCCGGAUUGCAUUCCCUUUUAUUUUAUUGCACAUAUGCACAGAUGGCGUUGUGUUUAGAGGUACGGAUGUUUAGAAGUCGUUUUGUGUCGACACUUUGCGAAGGUAUCUGUGCAUGUCGAUCCAGAUUUGCACAACUCGCACUACCUAAUUUGGUCACCCAACAAGAUGCAGGCGUUACAGAAACAUGAGAGAACGUGGAAAAUGCAGAAUUCUGCCUUGGUUCUACGAGAAGCAACUCUGGACUCGAGACCGUACAACUUACCAAUUUUUGACUUCCAAGUCGAGAGAGAGGUAAUGUUGCUUGCUGACUUGUGCAGAUUGGACUUGCUUCAAGACCUACUACAAGGCCAUAUGUAUAUGUAGACUAUCAUCUGUCUUGUUCUCACUAGGAGACAAGGCAAAUGAAUACGUAGCAUGAAUUCAAGGUCUAUUGCCUUAA